AUGAGUUCCAAGCCUAUAACCGGCACGCCUGGCGUUGCCAGCGCUGCGCCAAAACUCGAGAAGAAGCCGGUCAAGUUUAGCAAUUUGUUGCUCGGUGCUGGUCUCAACAUAGUAACAACUCUGGGACAGCCGUUGGAGGUUGUCAAAACCACCAUGGCUGCCAACAGGUCUGAAGGUUUCUCGGGUGCUAUUGGCCGCAUUUGGGCCCGUGGAGGUGUUCUUGGCUUCUACCAGGGUCUCAUUCCGUGGGCCUGGAUCGAAGCCUCCACCAAGGGAGCCGUCCUCCUGUUCGUUGCUUCGGAAGCCGAAUACUACGCUAAGUCGUUUGGUGCGCCCGACUUUCUCGCCGGUAUCUCCGGAGGAAUGACGGGUGGUCUUGCACAGGCCUAUGCCACUAUGGGCUUCUGCACUUGCAUGAAGACAGUCGAGAUUACAAAACACAAGGUCGCUGCCACCGGCGCAAAGCCCCCGGGUACUUUGGAAACCUUCAUGCAGAUCUGGCGCACUGAGGGUAUCCGCGGUAUUAACCGUGGUGUCAAUGCCGUCGCAGUGCGCCAGGUAACUAACUGGGGUUCCCGCUUCGGUCUGUCCCGUGUCGCAGAGACUGGUAUCCGAAAGGUUACCAACAAGGAGCAUGGCGAGAAGCUGAGCGUAAUUGAGAAAAUCACUGCCUCGGCUCUCGGUGGUGGUUUGAGCGCGUGGAACCAGCCCAUUGAGGUUAUCCGCGUGGAGCUCCAGUCCAAGACUGUUGACCCCAACCGACCCAAGAACCUGAACGUUGCCUCGGCGUUCAAGUACAUCUACUCGAACAAUGGUAUCAAGGGUCUUUACCGUGGUGUUACUCCCCGAAUCGGACUUGGCGUUUGGCAGACGGUUUGCAUGGUUGCUUUGGGUGAUGUCGCCAAGGAGGCUGUUGAGAAACUCACUGGCGACAAGUUCGAACCUCACACGCCAGCACCAUUGUUGUGUGCAUGGCGCUGCGACUUGACCGCGUUCUCGCAACGGCACAACCUGUACUUUCUUGCCGCCACAGAUAUUUUACACGUCUAUCAACCAGGUUUUCCGGAUCAAAGCUUGACUAAGGAGCCCAGCCUUGCCCUUCAUCCACCCCAGACUGGUCAUCGAGGGCAGGGUAUCGAUCCUUGGGAGCCUCAUUCCAUCAACCGCGUUCUUGUUGAAUACCUUGGUAACGAAGAAAUUCUUCUUGUUACCUGCGAUGAUGGCGAUGUAAUUGGCUAUCGCACUGAAGUAAUCUACCGAGCUUUGCAACGACAAAGCGAUCAAGAUGAGCCUGCUAGUGAGGAUGACGUUCACAUCUUCCUCCAUCAAAACGUUGGCGCUAGCGCAUGGGGCUUAGCUGUGCAUCGAGAGGCUCGGAUCAUUGCUAUUAGCGCAAACACGUAUCGAAUCACUGUCAUUGCGUACGCGCUCCCUUCAAAAUCUACCUCCCAGUCUCCUUUCUGUAGACGGAACGAGACCAUCUUUCAUCUUUCCACCACAAACAACCUACCAUCAUUGUCGUUUUACGGCAGUUCUGGACGUUGGCUUUUGAGUAGCUGCAUCAAUGGCAAGACAAUACUAUGGGAUCUUCAUACGAGGAAGGAAGCAGCUAGUUACCAAAUGGGAUGGUGCAGAAGCGCCGAGAACCUGAACUCCACUCCUCGCUAUGAAGCACGAGGGUUUACAUGCAAUUGCCCGGCUGCUUCAAGCGUGCUGCACGGAGCUUGGGGCACAAUAGCACUGGAUACGACAUCAGCAUACUACUUACCACCCGCAGAAGAAGAUGAGUUGAAAAUCAAAGAUGAGCCACAAAGCUUUCGGGAUGCGACUGCUCAAAAAAAGAGAUUUGGGGUUGCAGCUCUCAACCCAUGCAUCCCGUACAUGGAGCCAAGUGAAAGCGAGGACGAACAGAGUGACCUAGACGAAGAGGAUACAGAUUCUAUGGAAGGUCAGACACAAGGGGUCCAGCCACUUGCUUACGUUCCAGGAAGUCUGGCACCGGCUCAAGUGGCUGAAGGAAGAGAUCUCGACAAACCCUUUCUGAUUCUUACAAAAGAAGAGUUCUUUCUCGUCCAACGCCCCUUUGUACCAGACACGAAGAGUACAACCAGUCGCAUUGUAUCCAUGCGACGCCCCUUGCAUCCCGGCGAGUGGAUACCAUCGCUCGCAACCCAAGACCGGCACUGCUACUUCUCUCAAAUCCCCGAACUGGGCAUCUUCAUCGUCGGAUCGCCUAUCGGCCGUGCGGCCAUCUUCUCACUCUACUGGACGAGGGACGAAGGCAGUGUGCACAGACGAUAUGGCUUCAAGCUUGAAUACCUGCUGCCUUUUAAACAGGAGAAUGAAAAUCAGAUUUCGGGCGCGCCGAUUGGACGCAUGAUUGGUGUCGCGGUUUCGCCGGUCCAGGGCUUGUUUGAUGGUCCGGGAGGUGGAGAUGCUAGUGCCGAGCGGGAGCAGGGUGUGCGCCUGCCGAGACGAUGGCGUAUUCUCAUGUAUUACAUGGAUCAUACGGUGUUGAGCUUUGAGUUGUCGAAGCCGAGGGAGAGCGAGUCGCCUGAUUUGGAGGAGUUGGUUGUGUAG